AGUGCGCCAGGAAGCGCAUGCGCAUGCGCGUGUGUGAAUCCAAUACGGAAGCGAUAUCGCUAUAUAACUGCAUGUUGUUUCUACCUGUAAUCGAGGGAAGAUGAUAUUCACGUGAGAGUGGGCUGAAGAAGGGUAAUAAGAAGAGAUAAAAUGCCAGCGCGAAACACUGUAACGAGUGGAGUCAGAUACUCCAAACUGGCCAGUGAUGAUGAUGGCUACAUUGACCUUCAGUUCAAGAAAAGCCCACCCAAGGUCCCAUAUAAAGCAAUCGCCCUGGCUGCUGUUCUUUUUCUCAUCGGCUCAGUUUUAAUCACCAUUGGAGCGCUGCUUUUAGCAGGAUACUUUGAAGUUCAAGAUCACCGUGAGCGCACUAUACCUGUCCUCAUCCUUGGAAUUCUGGUCUUCAUCCCAGGAUUCUACCACUUGCGGAUUGCCUACUAUGCCUAUAAGGGUUACCGUGGUUACUCUUACGAUGACAUCCCAGACUUUGAUGACUGAGUAACAUAGAGCAACGUUUUACUGGUGUUUAUAACUGAUCUCUGAAAAAGAGGUCUCCUCCUAUAUCUGCUGGCACAGCUUCAGUCAAGAGAGGCUUGACUUUCAUAUUGCAUCUGUAAAAAAAGGCUGGUAACUUGAGCCUCAAGAAUCCCAUAUAUGGAUUUAUAUUCUAUAUUUCAGAAAUGGAAAAAAAUUAACAUUUGUAAUGCUAUGCUGUCUUUAGUGCAGAUUAAAAUUGAGGCAAGAGGAUGCAAAUUGAAAUGUAUAGAUAUUGGUCUGUUAAACUUUUUUACUAUUGUAUUUGAUAUGUUACUACUGUAGAAUAGU